AUGGAACAUAAUGUUGAAGUGAGAGUGAAUGGAACCAUUAAUCCCGUUGAUUUUGACUAUAAUUCGAAUUAUGAAGUUUGUUUUCACAAAGGCAUCGUACGUUCCAAAUUCUUGCAUGGCGUGUGGUAUAGCGAUAGCCCAUUCCACAGCUGGGAUUUUCCUAGGACCUUCAGUUAUUGGGCACAACGAGAAAAUCAAGAAUAUACUGUUCCCGCCUAUCCAAAACGAGGUCUUGCGGUUCAUGGCAUCAGCGUCUUCCAUAUAUUACAUCUUCAUCGUGGUAAUGAAAAUGGAGGCGGUGUCGAACCUGAAAAACGCCAUGAAGACCUGGAAAUUCGGAGUAAUACCCCUCCUGUCCAGUUUCUGGGUCAUGUUGGGCCUCUUCUUCUUCCUCGUUCCCGACGUGUCUUCCAACUGGACACCGCGCAACGCGUCCGCAUGUUGCUGUGCGUGACAACCUCAAUCAGCACUUUCCCCGUCAUGUCGGAAAACCUAGUCGAAUUGAACCUCUUAACUUCCGAGUUAGGCCAGGUUGCAAUGUCAGCAACCAUCCUCAACGAGAUUGCUCACUGGGCUUACAUGGCUAUAUCCACAGUCAUCGUCUUCAAGCUGAAGAACACAUUUGAGUUCUUGUUUUGUUGCAUUGCCUUUAUAUGUUUCUGCUUCUUCGCGAUAAAGCCAGCAAUGUUGAUGAUUGCUAGGAGGACUCCCGAUGGGAUGCCAUUAAGUCAGGGUUAUGUUGUUUCGAUACAAAUCGGGGUUUUGGUUAUGGCGGCCAUAAGUAGCCUGCUUGGCAUGUCUUUCACCACGGGUCCAUUUCUUGUGGGCUUGGUCAUGCCCCAUGGGUCCCAAUUAGCCACAACUAUAGUGGACAGGACCGAGUGCAUAAUGUCGAACUUCCUCGGCCCUUUGUUCUUCUGCCAUAUAGGAUUGAACAUAGAUGUUUAUGCCCUUCAAUCUUGGGGUAUGAUUUUGAAGAUUCAACUCAUCAUAAUUGCGGGCUUCCUCACCAAGUUCAUAACCUGCACGCUCAUCUCACUCUCCUAUAACAUCAGGCUCAAACACGGCAUUGUGCUUGGCCUCAUGUUGAAUUUCAAGGGCAUCAUUGACCUCAUCAUUUUCAGGAAAUUAAGGAGCCUCAAGAUAGUGGACGAUCAGCUUUUCGCUCACUGGGUGUUUUCUGUGAUAGGGGUCACUGCAAUUGUGUCCCCAUUGAUUGAAAUCCUGUAUAAACCUCUUACUAGACUAGAAACACUUUCGAGAUCACGAGCAUCGAAGACGAUAAGGACGAUACAGACCACCUCAAGAAACUCAGAGUUGCUCAUUGUGUCGUGCGUGCACAAGGAAGGAGAAGUACGAAGCAUCAUCGCCCUCUUGGAAUCCAUGAACCCAAAGAUUGAAAACCCCAUCUGCGUCUACGCCAUCCACCUCAUCGAGCUCUCAGGCCAGAGCACACCCAUGCUCCGUCGUGUAGACAUCAGCAAGAAAAAAUCCCUAACUCACCAUUCCACAGGCUACAUCAUGCGAGCCUUCGAUAACUAUGCCCGAAACUCCGAUGAGGGUUCCAUCACCCUGGUACCGUACAUGAACGUCGCCCCUUACAAGAGCAUGCACGAGGCCGUCUGCAACUUCGCCCAAGACAGAUCAGCGCCUCUCAUCAUCCUUCCUUUUCACCAAAACGAUCCAACCCACGUCGGAGACGUCGCGGUCGCCAUCCGCAAACUCAACAUGAACUUCCUCGAUCACGCGAAUUGCUCGGUGGGGAUACUAGUGGACCGGGAGUCUCAUCUGAGAGUGAGCUCCUCCGAGCACAUGUCACUCCACAUCGGAAUGUUCUUCGUGGGAGGACCUGAUGAUCGAGAAGCACUGGCGCUGGGCAUGAGAAUGGCGAGGCGAGAGAACUCGAGCCUCGUGGUGUACAGAUUUGUGAUGCAAAACCACGAGAAGGAGGAGUGGGAGGAAGAGGACGAGGAGGAUCGAAGGAUGGACGAGGACUUGAUAGACGAAUUCAGGGCGAUGAACUUCGGAAGAAGGGGGGUAGCGUACCAUGAGAUAGAGGUGGAAGGAACGGAGGUGUUCGAGAGGAUUCAGGAACUGGAAGGGGAGUACGACCUGGUGAUGGUGGGGAGGAAGCACAGGGUGGAGGUAGAUGGAUUGGAGGACGAGGAGGUGUUGUCGACGUUGUGGGAUAAUGCGGAUGUGUUGGGAGUGAUAGGGGAUAUGUUGGCGUCCACGGAGUUCUGCGAUGGGACGGUUCCAGUUUUGGUGACACAGUGUGGUGGAAGCAACCUUAAAAGCUUGGGCAGAAAGGCUUCUUCUGUGGCAGCAUCCCAUUCCAGUCUUGGUUCCACAUUUUGGUAG